AUGAAGUAUCAAAGUCUCGCUUCAGUCGGUCUUGCCCUUCUCGGCGGCGCAGUCAACGCCUCUGCUGGCCCUCUAGCUGUGCGUGGAGACACUGGUGUGUGUCCCAAGGGCUACUCGCCGACCCUCAUCACUAUUUCCGUGCCCAUUACGCCGACCCCGACACCGAUCGCGACUGAGGAAGCUACAAGCACUCCCUCGACACCUACUCCCGUCACCGAGACGCAAACUCCUGUCGGCGAUGCCGCUGCUUCGGCUUCUUCCCCGAUCUCGACAUCUGGGGCUCCUGUCACCGAGACUACCCAAUCCAUUGUCGUGACUACCACUUCAUCCAUUGAGACUCCCGUUGUCCACGCCGUGGCCUCGACUAUCUCGUCCGCUGUCGAGGAGACGACCACCUCACAAACCACUACCGCGGCCCAGGGGGCCGCAACCUCCUCUUCUAGCUCCUCUUCAUCUUCGUCUUCCUCUCCAUCCUCAUCAGGCGGUUCCUCCGGUGAAGCCACUUUCUACGGCGGCAAUGUCGCCGGCGGCACCUGCUCUUUCUCCGGCUACACCCUGCCCAGCAGCCUCUUUGGCACUGCCCUCUCCGUGGACUCCUGGGACGAUGCCUCCAAGUGCGGUGCCUGCGUUGCCGUCACCGGACCGAACGGCAAGACCAUCAAGGCAAUGAUCGUCGACCAAUGCCCUUCCUGCACAAGCGGCCACUUCGAUCUCUUUCAAGACGCCUUCUCCGAGCUCUCGGCUCUAUCCACCGGCGUCAUCGACAUCACCUGGUCCUACACCUCCUGCAACCUUGACGGUCCGCUCAAGCUGAAGAACAAGGAGGGUACGUCCGAGUACUGGUUUUCGAUGCAGGUUGUCAAUGCCAAUGAGCCGGUAACCAAGUUGGAGGUUAGCACCGACGGUGGCAGUACUUGGCAAAGCACUACCCGUACCUACUAUAACUACUUUGAGAACGACUCUGGAUUUGGUAGUAGCACUGUUGAUGUGCGUGUUACCGGGGAGUCGGGGAAUACUGUUGUUGUGAAUAGUGUGGGCUGUGACUCUGGGUCGGAGGUUACUGCUAGCAAGAACUUGUGA